AUGACCAAGAUCGACAGUGUGGACCAAGAUCGGCAAAGCUUCCCGCUGUCCACCAGACAGUCCAAGACUCAACCCCAAGCGCGUCUUCUCGAGAUCGCCCGAAGAGCGAUCCAGCCCACCGACGGGUACACAAGGACCCCCGCGAUCUGCAAAUUUCGCGGAUCCACUUCGCCACAAUGGUGCGCGUGCCCGGAUUCGAACCAGGGAUUUCACCGUGAGUCCCUCCAAGAGUAUGCGCAAGCCGAGUUUGGACAAGGGAAUGAAGCGUCUACAGAGAUCGGAUCGGCGUCGACGCCGCUGAAACAUGAUCGAUCCGCGGAUCGGCAGAGCCUAGGGAGGAGCUCUACCGACGGGACAGAGGAAGGCCCGGCAACGGGCCUAGAAGAAAAGCCUCAACCUCCUCCCCAGGUCCCCUCGGGGACCCCCGCAGGGCACGAUGCGAAUCGUGGCCUGCCGGACGAAAGUCCGCCGGCGCAAGCCGGAACCCAACCACCCAGCGCUAGAUCGACCAAGAAGAAGCCAGCAAGAUCGAAGUCGUCGCGGAAGAAGAUGAAGGCUCCAGACUCCGAUGCUGACGGUCGAGCCGAUCUCACACUGACCGUGGCUGAGGAUCAACUCGCUGUAACGUACUACAAGAAGGAGCUGCACGCUUUCCUGCUUCAGGACGAUGUGAUGAAGCUCCUCCGGCCAAAGCUCCUCGGCGAUCUUGCGGGACCGGUGUCACAGCCGACCCCUGGAUCGGACAAGUUGGAUGCCGUUCAGACGCUGCUACGACUCUUCAAGGAAGUUGGUAUCAUCGCAGGAGUGCUGGAUGCGGAAAGCCUAUCGACACCUGCGCCCAACCCGGGUGGCCAAACUCCGACGUCAUCUCCGUACGUGCCUGCAACGGAAGACGUGGAAUCUGACAGUGUCGAUGACCCGCCACCGCGCAUGACGCUAGGCCCUUCCGGUGUCGCUAUGUUAAGAAGUCGAGCUGAACGUGCUGAGCGUGAGGUGGUUGUGCCAACGCGAGAGCCGAAGGGCGUAGCAACUUCAGUGCGACACUCCCCGGAAAGACUCGAGUCGUUCUUCCAAGCAGCCAUGGAACGUUUUUUGAAGGAGCAGCAGCUACUUGGUGUCGCGCUGAAGUCGCGACGACCGAAGAUCAAGAUGUGGAGAUGGAGGGAGUUUGAUCCUGACGACCUCGAUCUCAGUUGGCCUAUCCGCGCGGCGGUAGCAACAACGGCUACUGCUUCGCCUGGAGGAACUGGGACCGCACCACGCAUUCGUGUGUGUGCAAUGUCGGAACUGAAGGAGUUUUCCGGAAAGGACGGCGACGAAGAUCGAGCUCGAUCUUGGGUCAGCAAGCUGAGCCGAACAACUCGCACCACGUGGAAAGACCUGCUCCAGAGUUUCCAGGUCCAGUAUUGUGGGCGUGGUGUCUCGGUUGCCCGCCAGUACUACCAUGCUCGGAAACGAUCUGACGAGUCGCCUCUGGAGUACCUCCACAGGCUCAGCGUCGCAGGCCUGCGGACACGUCUACAAGUCAAGGACGGACCGCCAGACGUGCGCCGGGAACAUGUGGAACACUUUAUCGAGACUUUGGAUGACCGCGAUCUAGCGGACCAGCUUGCCCUGCUUCGGAUUCCCGACGCGGACACUCUGGAAGAAAGCAAGACGGUGUACGGCUCGAUUAAGCCCCGCGCGAAGCCGCAAGCCGCCGCCGGUGCUCGCGCGGAUCCAGCGACUCGGAUGAAGAGGGAGAUCUGCGCCGAGUGUACGCGACUUCAGCCAGUAACGAUCAUGGAACGACUGAACAUCGCUCGGCCGGCCGAGAUCGGCGUCCACCGGAUCAAGAUCGAGACCGUCAAGAUCCAUGGUCACCCGUCAGAUCGCUGUCUCUUUGUCUGCAAGGCCUACGGCGAAAUCCACGACGAAGGAAGCUGUCCGAUGGAGGAAUUUUACAAUUUGAUCCGCCAGUGGUACAAUCCCACCAAGCACGGGGGCAUGCUGCCCGAGUCCGCGGAGAAGAUGUUAAACUAG